ACGAUUUCUACGUCACACUACCGCGCAGACCGGAAGCAAUAGAGCUUUCCAGAAAAUACUUCAGAGCUGAAGCAGGAGUAGAGUGCGGCGGGUUUUCUGGCAAGUUUAGCUCACAUUUUCAACAGGACCAAAGUUGACAUUGUUUUUUUACACGUCAUUCCAUUUAGUGUGCCGUUGUUGUGUGGACUUCUCACGGAAAGAGAAGGAGGAGAAAGAGCUAGAAGAUGACGUCCAGGACUAUUGAUUACAGUGUGUGGGACCACAUCGAAGUAUCGGAUGACGAGGAUGAGACUCACCCCAAUAUCGACACGCCGAGCCUCUUCCGAUGGAGGCAUCAGGCGCGUGUGGAGAAACAGGUGGCCUUCGAGGAGAAAGGAGAGGAGCUGGAGAGGAACAUGGCAGAGUGUAAGAGACGUCUGGAAGAGGUGCAGUACAGAGUGAAGGAGUUAGAGGAGGAAGGAAAGAAGGAGGGAGAGGAGGAGAGGAAGACGGCGCUGAGCAAGGCCCAGGCCGAGGAGAAGAAAUACAGAAAGGAUCAACGCUUGUGGGAGAAGAAGAUGGAGGAACAUCGGAGAGAGGAGAAAAAGAUGCCUUGGAACGUUGACACGCUCAGCAAGGAGGGAUUCAGCAAGAGUAUGUUGAACAUCAAACCGGAAGUGACAGAAGAGACGGAGGAACAGAAGGAGGAGAAACACCAGACUUUUGUAGAUAAACACAAGAAAGAGAUCAAACACUUUGGGAUGCUUCGGCGUUGGGAGGACAGUCAGAAGUACCUGUCUGACCACCCCUACCUGGUGUGUGAAGAGACGGCUAACUUCCUGGUUAUCAUGUGUAUCGACCUGGAGGUGGAGGAGAAACAUGGUUUGAUGGAUCAGGUCGCCCAUCAGACCAUAGUGAUGCAGUUCAUCUUAGAGUUGGCUAAGAGCCUGAAGAUCGACCCUCGAGGAUGCUUCAGAGAGUUCUUCCAAAAGAUCAAGACUGCAGACCAGCCCUAUCAGGAGGCCUUUACUGAUGAGCUGGAGUCCUUUAAAGAGAGAGUUCGAGGCAGGGCUAAGAUCAGGAUACAAAAGGCUAUGGAGGAGUAUGAGGAGGAGGAGAGACAGAACAGACUGGGGCCAGGUGGACUGGACCCUGUGGAAGUCUACGAUACUCUGCCAGAGGAAAUGAAGAAGUGUUUUGAUGAUAAAGACAUCUCAAUGCUGCAGGAAGCUAUCAGCAAGAUGGACCCCAUGGAGGCAAAGGGCCACAUGAAGAGGUGUAUUGACUCAGGACUCUGGGUUCCCAACGCCAAUACCGACAACGAAGAGGACAAAGAAGAAGACGAGGAAGAGGACAAAGAAGAUGAGGAAGAACCAGAGAGGGAGGGAGAGGCGAAGGAGGAGAAAUGACUCUGUCAUGAAUUGAAUCCUUCCUUUAGACUUUUGACCUUUUCAGACCUAGCUACACCCUUUACUAGCGUUAGCUUGUCUUAUUGAAAACAUGCUGUGAAGAUGCUAACUUCCCUAGCGUUAAUUGGGCUAGUAUCGCUAGCAUUAGCCUGACCCAUUGAAAACCUGCACCGGGCCAGUAUUUGCAGAGUCAGCUCUAGGAUCAGAUUCCCCUCUCCAAUCCUGACGUUAACCAUUUGUGGAAAAUGCUAAACUUCACCCUGCUCCAGUUUCUACCCAUAGUCCCUUUCUCCAUGACCCCAUCUUUAUAUUAACCCCCCCCCCCCACCUCCACCCCACUUCUACCCAUAGUCCCUUUCUCCAUGACCCCAUCUUUAUAUUAACCCCCCACCUCCACCUCACUUCUACCCAUAGUCCCUUUCUCCAUGACCCCAUCUUUAUAUUAACCCCCCCCCCCACCUCCACCCCACUUCUACCCAUAGUCCCUUUCUCCAUGACCCCAUCUUUAUAUUAACCCCCCACCUCCACCUCACUUCUACCCAUAGUCCCUUUCUCCAUGACCCCAUCUUUAUAUUAACCCCCACACCUCCACCCCACUUCUACCCAUAGUCCCUUUCUCCAUAACCCCAUCUUUAUAUUACCCCCCCCCCACUUCUACCCAUAGUCCCUUUCUCCAUGACCCCAUCUUUAUAUUAACCCCCCCCCCACUUCUACCCAUAGUCCCUUUCUCCAUAGUCCCAUCUUUAUAUUAACCCCCCCCCCACACUUCUACCCAUAGUCCCUUUCUCCAUGACCCCAUCUUUAUAUUAACCCCCUCCCCCACUUCUACCCAUAGUCCCUUUCUCCAUGACCCCAUCUUUAUAUUAACCCCCCACCUCCACCUCACUUCUACCCAUAGUCCCUUUCUCCAUGACCCCAUCUUUAUAUUAACCCCCCCCCCCACCUCCACCCCACUUCUACCCAUAGUCCCUUUCUCCAUGACCCCAUCUUUAUAUUAACCCCCCCCCCCCCACUUCUACCCAUAGUCCCUUUCUCCAUGACCCCAUCUUUAUAUUAACCCCCCCCCCCUCAUUUCCAGUUUAAUAGCACAUGAUCUGUUUGAUUUUGUUAUUCAUAAUUUGUUUGUUUUAUUUUAUAGGCGUCGUUCCACCCUCCACUCCCUCCCCUUCUAGUCACCUAGAACUCAGAACCGGCUUUUGAACUGUUACCUAGAACCUAGAACUUAAAACCGCUACCCAACCAAUCUCACCUCCAUCCCCUCUGAACCAAACUAUCUCUCUCUCUCAGGCCUCUCUCUGUCUCUCUGCAUGGGUCAAACUGGUUUAAACCAGUGCGAUUCUGAUUGGAGCUCCUCGCUGCAGCUGGGACAGAAUGGGUGUGGUCUGUCAGUUGACUCCACCCCUUUCGUUAUUACAGUUGUAAUCUUGCUUAGUAAAGUUGGGCUGCAAAAACAA